AUGGUUUCUACUCUCCUGGGCGCUUUCUUCGAGAUGAAAGUGCUUCAGUCUUUAAUCUUAAUAUUCACCGGGCUUGCGUCUAUUGCCGUGGCGAGCGAUAGCAACAACUAUUUCACGAACCCAGCCUCCAACACCGGCAUUAACCCCGUCUGGACACUGGGUGACAAACAGGUCAUUGCGUGGAAAACAACCCUAGGAGUCUUCAAUGUCUCCAUCUGGCAACAGAGCCUUGUACAACAAAGUGCCGCAAGCCAGGGAAAUAUCUAUUCUAAAAUCCACUCAUCCGACAAAGUUACAAACUUUACUUGGGUCGUGCAACUAUACGGAUUCGAUCUGUCCUAUUCAAAUGUCUUUUUCCUAUGGAUCAACCCUGACGAAGACGGCGGCUUUGUCUCAUCGUAUUUCAACAUAACCGAGCCAUCAUCCACCACAACCACCGCAUCGACAGCCACAUCUACCGCCACGGACGUGCUCAGCACGGCAAUCACUUCCCCUUCGUCAUCAUCCCUAUCGUCAUCCUCGGGUUCAUCAUUAUCUUCGUCUUCAUCCUCCAGCCCAACGGCAGCUGCAGACUCCGCGCUAACAACAACCGGGAAAAUUGCUAUGGGCGUUGGAGUGGGUCUUGGAGUUCCGAUAUUAUGCGCCUUAGCAGUCUUGAUUUUCCUUAAAUCGCGGUCCCUGAAGAAAAAUGCUGCGGCUCAAAAUGCUGCGCAGUCUGGAAUGGCCCAGCCGCGGGUUUAUGCGCAGAAUCGCCAAUCACGAUUACAGGAGAUGAAUGGCUUGAGUAAGCAGAAAUCACCUUUUGAGUUACCCAGUCAAGACUAUAUAUAA